GUGAAAAAUCUAAGUGGGCCGGAGUUUUCCAAGAGCCCAAUUCCACUGCAAUAGUCAAAACCCUAACAAACUCGGCCAGAGCUCAUUUCCGGUGAGCAAGCUCCGAAGCAAAAACCCAUACAAAAAUCUCAAAUCCAUGGCCAAUUCUCUGAUUAACAAAACUCUAAACUCACUCAGAAGAAACCCCAAAUUUCUCACAGCACUUUCAUCCCAAUCUCACAUUCGCCUUUUCACAGCCUCCAUCGCCACCGCCCAUGACCGCCCAUCCGACGGCCCUUCUUCUUCCUUCACAUUCUCAUCCGAUGACAGCAUUGAAGUCAAGGCGCCGAGGUCGAAGCCUGAAACGAUUUCGUCGUCAUCAGUGACGAUGCCGAUGUCGUUCAUGACGGGGUCUAUAGUGGGAAAGAGGUUCUACAAGGAGGCAAAGAUCAGAGAGGCUGAUGAUGGGAUUGGAUGGACGGUUAUGCUUGAUUAUCGGACGCUUAAGACGCCCUCCAAGAGACCCCUCAAGCUCCCUACUUUGCCUCUCGCUAAGGCCAUUGCUGCAGAGUGGGAAUACCAGCAAACAGAUGGGAUCAGACCCUUCACGAUGCCUCUAAUGAGACUUGCUUGUACUGCAUUGGAAAGAGUUCCACUCACACGAACUAAGGUUAUUGAGAAUUUGAUGAAGAAGUUUAAUCAAGAUUUGGUCUUCUGUCGAGCUCCGGAAGAUAAUAAUCUGACAAGUGGUGUCCAUGAAUGUCAAGUGCAGAAAAUCAAUCCUUUACUUGAUUGGGUAGAGUCUGAAUUUGGCUUUAAGCCUGUUGUCUACUACAGCUUUUUUGGUGGAAAGCAGGAGGAUGGUCUCAUAAAGGCAAUAGAUAACAUUCUGAAGAAAACGGAUGACUGUGAAUUGGCAGCAAUUGAUGCUAUUGCAGGUGCAGCACAUUCUUUGAUCAUUGCCAUCGGGAUCUUUCGUGGGAAAUUGCAGAUUGAGGAAGCAAUUGAAUUGAUUAGAAUUGAGGAAGAUUUGCAGGUGGACAGUUGGGGUCUUGUUGAAGGUGGCCAUGAUGUGGAUAUUGCUGAUCUCAAGAUUCAAUGACAAAUGGAAGGCGAGUGCUUGCUUGAACAAUAUUGGUGAUAACCCCAAUGCAGACCAUGAAAACAGAAAGCCAAGCUACUGCCAACAACUUCAUCCUCGUGAUGAUGUGGAUCGAUAUGAUUGAUAUAAGAUUAGCUCCACAGUAGGUUAAGAUUUCUCUACCAUCUGUUUAUAUAAGCUUCUCUGUAGCUUAGGAGAAGAGUAAACCUAAUACUUUUGAUUUGGCUUAGAAACUAUGAUGCAAUCUUUAUAUGUCUACUAAUAUAUGUAAAGAAUCAUCCUAUGAUCGUGUGAUUACAAUAAUCUCAUCCUUCGGUUGGUCUAGAAUGUCU